CAUUCACAGAAACGCUGGCUCGCUCGCUAGCCCUUUCAUUCACACAAACAGCAUUUCAUUCAUAUUUUGCUGUUUUUGUCUGCUUCUAAUGAAGAUCACGAUUGGGGAAUGAUAGGGCAUUUUUGCUUUAGAUGUGGGGGGACUUCGAUAACCAUCACAAUCAUCUCUGGGGUGUGCGUGUGCUGUUGCUAUGCAAGCCAGGGGAAGGAAAAAAAUGAGUGCCAGGCGGUUGCUCGGCUAGGCCUGCGGCCCUGGGAGGGGAGCCGCUGCUCCUCUGCGCUUCUGCUUUCCAGCAGCUGGCUUCACCUGGCCCUCCCUGAGUGGUACCCGUUACACCCUGUUCCAUAAAGCUCUUCCAGGCUUGGUACCUCAAGUGUCACAUGUCUAGUCGUGGGUGUGAGAAGACUCAGGGUGACCUGAUAACGUGCUAGAGGAAGUGAUUUGCAGUGCUCACCGAGCCUUUGUUGAGAAGGGUCUCCUCUCGGAGUGAGUCAUGCUUUUGCUGUGAGCAGCCCCAAGCAGCUGGGCGCUCAUCAGAGGAAACUAUGACUUUUGCAAAGCAAACGUGCCGCCCUCAGCAGCCAAGUCCGGGGCCGGGGCUGCGCGUCCGCGGCCGUGCGGGGUGUUAGCGGUGGGAGGCCGGCGCCGCUGCUCGCGCCCCCCAACCAGCUGUCCCGGCCGCUCCGUCCCGCCCCGGGGACCGCGGCUCGCCUGCUAUGCGCGGCAGCCCGCGCCGGGGCCGGCACCUGCAGCGCCCGGGCGGAUGCGGCGAGCCCACGGAGGGGCAUGCUUCCACGCACCAAGUACAACCGCUUCAGGAAUGACUCGGUGACAUCGGUGGAUGACCUUCUGCACAACCUGUCGGUGAGCGGCGGGGGCAAGGUCUCGGCGGCGCGCGCAGCCCCGGCGGCGGCCCCCUACCUGGUGUCCGGAGACGCGCUGCGCAGGGCGCCCGACGAUGGGCCAGGCAGCUUGGGCCACCUGCUCCACAAGGUGUCCCACCUGAAACUCUCCAGUUCGGGCCUCCGCGGCCUGUCGGCGGCCAGGGAGCGGGCGGGCGCGCGGCUCUCGGGCAGCUGCAGCGCUCCCAGCCUGGCCGCCCCGGACGGCAGCGCGCCCCCCGGCCCCCGCGCCCCGGCCAUGCGCGCCGCCAGAAAGGGCCGACCCGGCGACGAGCCGCCGCCCCGCGCCCCGCACGCCAACGACCAGGUGCUAGGGGCUGGAGUCACCUACGUCGUCAAGUACUUGGGGUGCAUUGAAGUUCUACGCUCCAUGAGGUCACUUGACUUCAGUACAAGAACACAGAUUACCAGGUGGUCAAGAAUCCGACUGCAACGAGUGGCUCAAAUCGCUGAAGAGCUGCCAGUUUGAUCCCCGGCGUGGUGCAGUGAGUUAAAGGAUCUGGCUUUGCUGGAGCUGUGGCCUAAGUUGCAGCUGCGGCUUGGAUUCACUCUCUGGCCUGGGAACUUCCAUAUGCUGCUGGCGCGGCCAUAAAAAAAUAAAAAAAUGGAAAAGAGUUGAUAUUCUUCUUCUCUCUAAAGCAGCUCAAGACACACAUAGCAGGAACAUGCCAACAGCAGUAAUCUACACCAAGGGAAGCAUCCAUCUCCAUGUAUUUGUAGGAAGUGAUUUAUGGAAAUUGCCAAGGCAAAAGAAUGCUGUCUUGAUGUGCACUUGAAGGAAAAGUUUAAAUGUUUACUUGAUCGUUCAUUCAUCCCAGGCGUGUGGGCAGGUGCCACGGGCCUAGGAGUACGGGGACCUGUGACACACUGGUCACCUUAUGGGUGGUGGUG